AUGUUCAGUAGCGUUAUUGACAAGGACCUCGAGCUAAGCAAAGUGGAGAAACUCCAACAUUUACGCGCUAGUCUACAAGGAGCCGCUUUGGAAACAAUUUGCUCACUAGAACCGGUUGAGGAGAAUUAUGACAAGGCCAUUGCCCUAUUAAAAAAUCGAUUUGAUAAUAAAUUACUUAUUUUUCAGGCUCUCAUUAGGGCGAUUAUCGAGUUGAAGAGUGUUGAUAAAGGUUCAGCCAAUCGUUUGCGCGAAUUGUGCGACAAUUUUAAUUCCCAUCUUCGUGCACUUAACACCAUGGCAACACCAGAACAAAUAUCGGAUGGUUUGCUCAUGCAUCUUGUUACUAGAAAGUUCGAUCAGAAGACGCAGGAGAAGUGGGAGGAGGACUUGCCCACGCAGACAUUGCCAACUUUGAAUUCAAUGACCUCAUUUCUGGAGAAGCGGUGCCGAAUUAUGGAAAAUUUGGAAGGUGCUACGCAAACACUUAGCAAUCAGAUUGGCAAACAUUCGAAUGCAAAUAAAGGUAUUAGAAAGGCUUUGGUAGCAUCCUCAAGUAGCUCUAGCUUUUGCACAUUUUGCGAUUCGAAAGAACAUUACAUAAAUAGCUGUUUAAAAUUUUUAAAUUUGUCGCCAAAUUUGCGCUACAAAGAAGCUAAGCGAUUGCAACUUUGCUUAAAUUGCCUACGCAAGGGCCAUAGUUUACAACGGUGUAAGUCUGGACAUUGUCGUCAUUGCCCAGGCAAACACAAUUCGCUUCUCCAUAUGAACCCGCAUACCUCGUCUAUAUCCCCGUCUUCAAACCUACCAACAAUUGAAGCUACAGCCCCUUCACAGCAAACACUCAUUUCAUCGUUAACUUCAAGUACAGUCGCUCAAGCCCCAAAUUCGGGCGCCAAUAGUAAUGUGUUGCUUGCUACAGCUAUACUUUCAGUCAAAAAUCGUUCAGGUGACUUCGUUCCAUGUCGUGCUAUUCUCGACUCGGCCUCUCAAAUAAAUUUUGUAACCGCUCGCUUGGCAAAUAUGCUGCAACUUCCAUUCAAACAAUCUGCAAUUUUGAUUUCCGGUAUCGGCGAAUCAAACUUUGUUGCCGACAAAGAGAUUGACAUUUUCGCACAGUCGCAAGAUAAAGGCUACAACACUUCGUUCACUGCUGUGGUCACACCUAGUAUUACAGAUUAUCGACCUAACUUCAGCCUUUCUUCGGAAUGGAUAAUACCGUCAAACAUUAAUCUAGCAGAUCCAUUAUUCUUUAAACCCCAGCGCAUUGACUUGCUCAUUGGCGCGGGUUUGUUUUUUGAUUUGAUGUGCGUUGGCCAAAUACACAUUGCUAGUAAUUUGCCAUUACUGCAAAAAACUCGACUGGGCUGGGUUGUCGCUGGUGGUGUUUCAUAUACCAACAAACAAUCAUCCUCGCUCGCUGCCUGCAGCAAAAACGUAUUUGAACAUCAACAUAAUAACUCAUUGAACGAUAUCGUAAAACGAUUCUGGGAAAUAAAGAAUUGCUUCGACUCUGCUCCCCCUCCAUCUAAAGAAGAUGACUGGUACAAAGUUGUAACAACACGGCAGCAGUAUGCGACUUUGUUGGAGCUAAUAAAGGAGAAGUCAGGGAUUGCUCAUUGGUUCUCCAAAUGCUCAAAAGAAGAGGUAGCCGAGUUUUGGCAAAAUGUUGCGAAGCAGCUUAACAGUAUAGGCCCUUCAACCAAAGAUGUAUCAAGCUGGAAAAAGGUGUGGUUCGAUUGGAAGGCUAAUAUAAAGCGAAAAUUUUCCAAAAACAAGGAGGAGCAAACAACAAUUGGCGGUGGCCGAUAUGAGUAG